AUGGCGCGAAAAAUUAAGACCCAACCCACGUCGUAUCCUAAGGGAGCCUUCUACAUAGCUCGGGUAUGCCAAGCUGUGGCAUCGUUGAUCGUUGCGGGCGAGAUGUUCUACUUCGUCUACCAGUUGAAGCAUGGAGGUUUCCGAGUCCCUUGGAUGUUCUUCUUCUUGCACGCUGCGGCACUCUACACUCUCAUCACUUUAGUCGUCACUGGACUCCUUCAUUGGCGUCAUCGUCUCUCUGCCCUCUUCAACGGCAGUUUGAACGUGGUGGCAUGCGGUCUAUGGGUGGGAGGGUUCGGAAUGCUUGCCGAUGCCGAGAGCGAGACUAUUCUGGAUGCCUGUACCUUCACCUAUUGGGGUAACAACACUGGUGUCAAGAUCUGUCGCUUGUAUAAGCUUUUGUUCGCAGCGAGCCUGUUCGGCGCAGUUAGUACCAUGUCAGCAUUCGUGCUGGAUGUCGUCGUUUACGCCCGAGUGCACCCGGCCGCUCAAUACUCAAGGGCAAAUCCGCUGCUAGAGAAAGAGGACACAACGUACGCUGCUGGCUCGUAUGAGGAUCUUUAUGAUCCACAUAGGGCUCGUAGUGCGCCCGGCAUCACCCAACCGGGACCGUCUGCAGCGCAGCUGCCCGUGUAUCAGCCAUAUUGCAAGAGCGGAAAGGAUUCGAACGCGAAGGGCGGAAUCGGUGCUUAA